GGAGGAGAAGAUAAAUCAAGCAGUAAUAGCACCACUAAGAGCAGUAGUAGUAAUAGCAGAGCAGUAGUAGUAAUAGCAGAGCAACAGCAGCAAUAACAGCAGCAGCAACGGCAGGAACAUUGCCUAGACUCCGAGACUAAAUAAAAUGUAGCAGCAGUAGUUGUAACACUGUUUGCAGCUGUGGCCUACUAACUUUCAUGUUAGUAUUGAUGUAUUAUUUCAUAAGAGAACAGCAUUUGCGACUAGCAGAGCAAAAAGGAAAGAAGCCAAGAUAGGUCUGAUUUUAAGUAGAAAUAUUUACUGUGUUUUCAAGGAAUAUAGCAUUACAGUGUGUGUGUAUAUGGAUCCUAAAUCUGAAUUCAUUACUGUUUGACAGCACUUUCAAUCUUAUUUAUCAACAGGAUUCCUCAUAAUCAUUUCUUUUAUGCAUAUAUAUGUAUAUAUAUAUAUAAAUAUUUAUAUAUAUAAGUCAGUAUUCAAAAAGCAUUUGCUUUCCAAUAGCUAUGUUGAAUACUUGUAUCUUCUUUAGCUGUUGCACAUGUUAAUGCACAAAUAUAUAUAUGCACACAGACACACAUACACAUACACACACAUAAUUACAAUAUAUGUUUGUAUGUAGUAUUUUUCAUAAGAUUAUUAAAUAUUUAAACUUUCACUUUUAGCAUUUUAUAUGAAGUUUACAAAAUAUUUGUAGAAUAAACAUUAUUUAUUGAAUGCAGUAAAUAAAUUGUUGAUACAAUUUGCUUAAAAGAAAAGAAAAUGUAGAAAAAUUGAGUUUGAGAAAUAUUUUAUAUAACCUGUUUAUAUGCAACUUUAAUCGGGCAUGAUAUUUGGGGAACUAUUAUAAAACUCAUACCAUAGAUAUUCCUAAAUGGAGAAUCCUAAUUACUCUAAAGUUGUCCUACCUCGGGUCCUUAGUACCAGUGCACUGAGAGUACCAAAACAGCGGUAUUCAUUCUGGCAAAGGCAUCACACAGGAGAGGCAAGACAACAUUUGGGAGAUCAAAGACAUUCAGAGGAUUUGAUUGUUACCCCAUUUGCCCAGAUUCUGGCCAGUUUACGCAGUGUUCGGAAUAAUUACCUCAACUUAACCAAUGUGAACUUACCAAAAGAGAGAACCAGAAGAGGUUCUUCAACUGGUCCCCAUAGUUCGCAAAGAGAACAUUACCAACAAUCUCAGGCUCAGAAUUCUCAAACUUCAACAAAUAAAGAUGAGUCAUACUACAAAUUGGCUUUGGAGACUCUUGAGGAACUUGACUGGUGUUUGGAUCAACUCGAAACUAUUCAGACACAUCGAUCAGUUAGUGAUAUGGCAUCAAGCAAAUUCAAACGGAUGCUAAACAGGGAGCUUAGUCAUUUUGCAGAGUCAAGUAAAUCAGGGAAUCAAAUAGCAGAGUACAUAUGCAGUACAUAUCUUGAUAAACAACAGGAAUUAGAUGUGCCAACAUUAAAGGUAGAAGAUACAGAUAGACCAGGAAACAAAGAUAUAUUUCAAAAAGACAAGAACCGACCAAUGUGUCAGAUAUCUGGAGUACGGAAACUGAAGCAUACUAACAGUUUCACAGGUGUUGUUCCAAAACAUGGUGUGGAAACGCCUCAUAGAGAAGAACUUGGGAAGCAUUUGGCAGAUAUUGACAAGUGGGGAAUAGACGUGUUUAAGAUUUCAGAAUAUUCUAACAAUCGACCAUUGACUUGUGUUACAUAUACUAUAUUACAGGAGAGAAAUCUGCUGAAAACCUUCCAAAUUCCUGCCCAAACAGUUGUAACCUACUUGAUGCAUCUAGAAGACCAUUACCACCGUGAUGUUCCUUACCAUAAUGCUAUGCAUGCAGCAGAUGUUACACAAUCAACUCAUGUUUUACUAUCAGUAUCUGCUUUGGAGAAUGUAUUCACUGAUCUUGAAGUGUUGGCAGCAAUAUUUGCCUGUACUAUUCAUGAUGUUGACCAUCCGGGUGUGACAAAUCAAUAUUUAGUCAACACAAGUUCUGAACUUGCCCUAAUGUAUAAUGAUGAGUCAGUUUUAGAGAAUCACCAUCUAGCUGUGGCAUUUAAACUUCUGCAAGAAGAAAACUGUGAUAUUUUUGCAAAUCUUUCAAGAAAACAACAUCAGUCAUUACGAAAGAUGGUUAUAGAUAUGGUACUGGCCACAGAUAUGUCUAAACAUAUGAGUUUAUUAGCUGACCUAAAAACAAUGGUCGAAACUAAGAAAGUUGCUGGAUCUGGUGUUCUACUGCUGGAUAACUAUACUGACAGAAUUCAGGUAUUACAAAACAUGGUGCAUUGUUCUGAUUUGAGCAAUCCUACGAAACCACUUGAAGUUUACCGAAAAUGGGUUGAUCGGAUUAUGGAAGAGUUUUUCAUUCAAGGAGAUAUGGAACGUGAGAAAGGAUUAGAUAUCAGUCCAAUGUGUGACCGACAUAAUGCAACAAUUGAAAAAUCUCAGGUCGGUUUUAUUGACUACAUUGUUCAUCCAUUAUGGGAGACUUGGGCUGAUUUAGUUUAUCCAAGUGCACAAGAUAUUUUAGAUACCUUAGAAGACAACAGAGACUGGUAUCAAAGUAUGAAUCCAAUUAGUCCAUCAGCUAGCUUUUGCAAUCAUUCAAAGGAAGGAAGCAAAGACUCAGAAGAAAGCCGGUUUCAGUUUGAUGCAGCUACUGAUGAAGAAAAUAGUGCGCACAGUCAGGAUUCUAAUACAGUAACAGUAAGGUUUGACACAUCGAGUCUCAGUGAAGAAACUGUUGAUCAGCUUGACAAUGAAGGUGAAGAACUGCUUUAUCCGUGAAAACUUAUGACAUAAUAAUUUUGAACUUAUUAGAACACUAACAUGAUGUUCAUUACUGUCACACACAGUAGUGCUGAACACUAAUCUGACUGUUCACUGCUGUCACACACAAUCAGUAGUGUUGAACACUAACAUGGCUCUGUUCACAAAAAUCAGAAUGCUAACAUAGAUUUGUUCACUGCUAAAUAAUUAGAAAAAACUUCUUUCUGUGGCAAAUUUAUCACACUGGAAAAUUUUGAUUUUCUUAUCUAUUUGGAAGUGUUGAUUUGUACUAAAGAUGCUGAUAAUGUUAAACAGAAUUAACAAAAUCUCUCAUUUGAUUUUCUCUCUCUUGUUUAUCUCCAGAUUAUCCCCAAUUCUAGAAUAUUCUCGCUACAUCUUCAGCUACAUUAUGUGAGAUGUUCCUAUUUCAGUCUUCCCCUUCCUAAACAACACAAAUUUCAAAAUAUCUGUGAUUUCUUGUUUUUCUAAGUACUUAGCUUAAUGGUAUACUAACAGGCUCAUCUUUUAUCCUUUUUGUUUCCUUUCUAAGUAAAUACUUUGGAAUAGGGACCAAACUCCAACAACCAGUAUCAUUAUAAAAAUGUUAAAUACUCAACUUUUAAAUGUUAAAAAAAAGAAACUUUAUUUAAUUAACCAAUGUAUGUAUUACUUUAUUGCAAUUCAAAAUUUCUAGUAACACUUUCAAGCUUAUGCUUUUUCAUGGUUGUGCUUGAAAAUGUUAAAAACAUUUUUAAAAAACAAACCCAACAUGUUGUAACAUAUUUGUCUCACAAUGGUUUUGAUAUAAAAAAUAUACAUUCUAAUGCAGACUGAAGUAAAGAAUCAAAAACCUUUGUGAACAGGAUACUAAAGAUAAGGCUUAAAAUUGAGAUUUUACAGGAAGAGGUGUAGUUUUCAGUUUAUUUUGUAAAUAUAAUUAUUGUAAAUGCAUUUUGAAAAUACACCCAUAAUUUUCUUCCUGAACCUCUUUUAAAUUGUGUCUAGAUUCAUUUUAAUUUGCAUACUUUGUUGUUUAGAAUGAUUUUCAAAUGUAUUUAUCAACAUUGUUAAAACAUAUUAUUUGUAGUAAAGAUUUCUCCUACAAGGUUAAUCAAAAUGUUAAAGAUAUAUGUGGUAUGUGUGUGUGUGUGUGUGUGUGUGUGUGUACACAUUUGCAUGUGUGUGAAUGUGUGUAUUUAUGAUUUUAUAUGUAAAAAUGUUAGUGCUCCUCAAUAUGCACUUGCUAAAAGCCUGACUACUAAAAUACAAAUAUGCACGCAGACACACAUAUAUAUGUGUGUGUAUAUGAGUGCAUAAAUAUACACACACACAUAUAGUUGAGUGUGCAUGUGUGUAUGUGUGUGUGUGUGUGUGUAUAUAUAUAUAUAUAUAUAUAUAUAUUGAAAAGAUUAAGAGGUUUCAUACAAGUAAAUUUAUAUUAAAAACAAAAAGAAAAUACUUUCAGAACAUUAUUGUGGAUAAAAGAAAGAAAAUAUUCACAUUUUUAUCAAAAUUUGCUGCUGGUUUCAUUUUUUUUUUUUUUAAGAGAAGGGAAACAUUGAAAUAAAUUAGUUUGAUUAGUUCUGUAAUUUCAUGUUUUCCUUACAAAAAUUUAUCAGCAUCAUGGGAAAUUUGUGAGGAAAACAUGCAUACUUCCAGGACUGGUUGAUUUAAAGAUUAAUUUAAUUUGAUUCAAUUUAUAUUCUCUUUUCUUGCAACAUGACAAAAUUGUUUUAAAAACUAUUGAAACCAGUAUAUUUUGAUAAUAAUUUUAAUAUUUUCUUAGUUUUUAUUCAUGAUAAAGUUUGCAUAGCAUUUCCUUCUUUUUGUUUUUUUAAUAUAUAUAUUUGUGUGUAUGUAUUUGUGUGAGUGUGCACGCUUGCGUGUGUGUGUGUGUGCAUGUGUGUUAAAAGAAAAAAGGGUUACUGCACUUAAACAUUUUGUAAAUCCCAUUUUGGGGGUAAUUUUGAAGAUGGCUGUGAUUGGUUACUUGAAUUGUUUUUGUUUAUUAACAAUGCAACUAUCCUUUUCGUGUUUUAUUUUUUAGUGUUUAUCUACUUCUUUCCUUAUUUUCUCUCUCUAAUCUCCCUCCCUCUCUCUCUCUCUCUCUCUCUCUCUCUCUCUCUCUCUCUCUCUCUCUCUCUCUCUCUAUCUACCAACCUUUCUAUCUAUCUCCCCAACUUGUGUUAAAUUUCUAUGCUCCCUCUCAUGAUAUUAUAUUACUUUGUAAAGAAUAUUGGCUGAUGGUAAUUUACACCUUCAAAAUUACCUUGAAAUUUUGUUAACAAGCGGAGAUAAUAAUAUUUUAAUGCUGUUGAUGUAAACAGAAAAUAAAAGACAUUUGGCUUACUGUGUUUUAUUAGGAAACUCUGAGGUUAACAUUUGUAGACAAUUUUUUGCCUUUAUGUUGUUUAACAUCUGUAAACAAUUUUUUAUGUUGUUAGCAUGUGUAGACAAUUCUUUACUUUUCUGUUGUUCCACUAUGGAAACAAAAUAACUGCCUCAAAUACAACAAAAAACACUAUUUAUUCAAUAUUUAUUUUGAAUUCGAUUUUAUACUUUCAAAUACAUCAAUGGCAUAUUUGAAAGUAUACUGUUGAGCAAUAUAAAGGCAGCUCUUACAUUCAACUCCUUGUUAAACAACAAGGAUUCUGUAGCUAUUAAUUUCCUCUGAAUCAGAGAUUUUAUGUCCUUAAUCACUUCACUAUUGUACUUAGGCUGAUUCAUAAAGUAUCCCCAGAUAGAGCCUAUAACCUAUUUUAUUUUACAACAUGCAAUUUAUUUUUUAUUAAAACCAGUAAAAUUGAGAAGCAAAGAAUAAUUUAAGCAAGCAACACACAAUUUUUGUAAGCACUUAACAUUUAGUAAGCAAAACCAUUUAGAUUCUGCAUGUAUGUGUUUGCGAAUAUGUAUUUGUGCUGUUUUGUACUUGUACAUAUGUAUGUGCGUGUGAGAAUGUAACAUAUGUAUAUAAAGUGUAUACAUAUGAUAGCUUACUAUACAUGAGGUUGCUAUUGAAAUAACAAUAAAUAUUCACUUGGUCAAUAUAUGUAUAUGCUUACAUUUAUUGGUGUUAAAUAUUUUUCAUAACCUUUAAUUUAACAUGUCUGUUAUAUUCAUAAAACACACACACACACAAACACACACACACACACACAAACACAUGUACACAAAAUCUGUUUAUAAUUAAAAAAAUUCUUGGUAAUUUUGAAUCUUUUCUGAAAGCUCAAAUAGGCUACAAGAAACUGCACAGCUUAAAUCUACUGUAAUGCCUUUAAUUUGGCUUUGACAACAAAGCAAUAACCAGAAUACUAUUAAAAAAUGUAAGUACUCAAUGUUGUUGUAUAAGUCAUGUUAUAGGUUAAUCUGUUCUGCUUUAAGAUAUAAUGAAUAGUGAAAUAGUCACCAUGUAUUUAAGAGUCUAAACUUUACAGUCACUGCACUGUACUUCUGAGCUUACCUUAUUGCAGGUUCUAUGCUCUCUUCACAAUUGUUCCAGUAAUUUGUAAAUGUCUAGCCAGUGGUUAGCAUUACAUGUAUGUUAGCAUGACAAAUGAAUGUAAAAAAGUAAAAGAAAUGUUCCCAUUAAACAUUAAACUUUAUUACAAAUAACUUUAAUGUGAACUAAUAGUUUUCUGUUAGCAUUCUAAUAAUUGCUUUGCAUGAAAUAACAAUUGAUGAAUUAGAUUAGAAUCAUUUAUUUUGAGAGAAAAUAAGCUAUAAUUACCAACUGGUAAUAUAAUGAAAUGUUGACAUUCUGUUGAUGAUGAUAAUUGACUAACACCUAUAAAAUAUACAUCAAUGAUAGCACUAAAACUACAGAUAUGGCAUUUUUCUUUUCUGCCUGCUUUAGUAGAAUCUAGCAUCAAUAGAUCAUAUGAGUAUCAUUUGUAAUUCCAUAUAAUUCUCUCUCUCUCUCUCUCUUUCUCUCUCUCUCACACACACACACACACACACACACACACACAAACACACAAAUAAAGUAUAUAUAUAUAUAUAUAAAUCAGACUGGAGCCUGGUGUUGCCAUCCGGUUUCACCAGUCCUCAGUCAAAUCGUCCAACCCAUGCUAGCAUGGAAAGCGGACGUUAAACGAUGAUGAUGAUGAUGAUGAUAUAUAUAUAUAUGUAGAUAGGUUACAAUUUUUCCUAAUCUCCUGUUCAUAGAUAGAUAGAUAUGUAGACACAUAUACAUACAUGCAUACACACACACACACACACACACACACACACACACACACACACACACACACACACACACACAUAUAUAUAUAUAUAAAAUUUGUAACACAAGUUACAGUCAUGGAUGUUAAAGUUUUAUACAUAUAAGAAAGGAAGAUUACUAAAAUCUAAUAAAAUAUUUUCAAGUGAUUUAAACAUUUUGUAAGAACUAAGAUGUAAUGAAGCUGCUUACAAAUAUCAGUUAUGUUGCUUAUCGAACAUAUUACUGAAGAACAAAUUGUGAUUUCAUCUUAGACUUUUAAGCAUUCAGAAGUACCAAAUAAAUACAAACCCAAAUCCACUUAAAUCCUUUUUUCAAAGACCUACAAUUUCUUUAGGCUCAGAAUAGAAAUAUUUUGAGAAUAUAGUCUAAAGAUGGAAAUAUGGAAUGAGAUAUCAAAAACAUGACAAGAAACUAUAAUGCAAAAUAAAAUUCUAUUUAAAAUGUAUUGAAUGCUCUUUCAGUUAAUGUUUUAUGUAUGAUUAUAGACAAAAAUAUGAAUUAAUUUAUUAAUGCAUGUGUGUGUGUGCAUGAGAGAGAGAGAAAGAGCGAGAGAGAGAGUGUGUGUGUGUGUGUUUUAUGAUAUGCAGAGUAUAGAGUGUUGUCAAAAUCAUAAUGAUCUUCAAUUGACAGUUGAUGAGGAGAGUAAUGUUGCAUGUAAAAUAAAAUAGAAUACAUUAUAUAUUGUAUAUUGUGUGUGUAUAUAUAUAUAUUUAUAUAUACAUAUGUAUAUCAAUUAUAUAUUUAUACAUAUCAUAUAUAUAUUUAUAUAUACAUAUAUAUAUGUAAUAUUUUGGACUAAUGGGUAUAUGUCAAUUAGUGUGUUAAUGUGUUGAGUAAAGUACUGGCAUAGUUUGGGCUACCUGGUGUCAUCUGCAGUUGGGGUAUAUUUCCAUUGGAUCUACUUCAGAAAUCCCACAGUGUUAGUUAAUAAUUGAUUAAGUAACCAGAAGAUGAAUGUAGCUGAUGUGACCCAAACUGCAAAAUAGAAGCAACACAACAUGAUGCACAGAGUCCCAUCCAUAAGCAACAGUAGCAGGAUGGGUCAAAACGAUUGUUGUACAAAAUAAAGACUAAUACCAAAUCCAUCUUCUGGUAUGUAUGUAUGUAUGUAUGUAUGUGGGGGGACACAUUCAUACACACACAAAUACAUAUACAGGCACACAUAGACAUAUGUGUGUGAAUGUAUGCAUGUGUAUGUAUUGUAUAGAGAUCAGUGACAAAGUAUGACAGAACAUUUUAAUAUUAAUACCUAAUGGAUUAAUUAAUUAAAACUGAGAUUAAUAAUAACCACAAUCAGUGCAGCUCUCUUAGGAAGGAUUACUCUUUCAACAACACCCUCCCCCGCCAAAUUUGCAUGUAUGUAUAUGUACAUUAGUUUAUUUAUAGCCCUAUUUGUGUGUGUGUGUGUGUGUGCAUUUGUACACACAAAAACAUGCUGAUAGCCAUUAUGUGUGAAUAUGGAAAAUUUUCAGUCACUUCAAUGAUAAAUGACAUUCCUAACAAUUGUUCUUAGUAAUUCUUUGCUUAUCAUUUUGCUGGCCAUCUGUAUUUAUCCCUUUUUUUUUGAAGUUUUUUCUUUCUUUUCAUCAUAUGUAACAGAUAUUCUAAAAAAUUGAGAAUAAGAAAUACUUUUGUGAACAAUUUUGGUUUAAAAUCUAUAAAAGGUAUUAAUUGCUACAGUUAACCUAUAGAUAUGAAAUUCAAAAUAUUUAUGAACAGUUUCAGACCAAAGUUUAUCAAUUUUUUUGCUUUUUUUUAGCUACACACAUUUUGUAGAAUGAUAAUAAAAGCCUAAAAUAUUUUA